AUGCUACGGAUUGCCGAACCCUAUAUUACAUGGGGCUAUCCAAAUCUUAUAUCAGUUCGUGAAUUGAUCUACAAACAUGGAAUGGUCAAGCACAACCAACGUGUCCCAAACUCUGACAACUUUGUGAUCGAACGCAAAUUGGACAAAGCGCACGAUAUUCAGUGCGUUGAUUAUUUGGCGCUACUGGAUUCCAGUUCAAGAAAGCCUCGAACUUACCGUGGCCACUACGUUGGGGUUGGUGAUUUCGGUAACCGUGAAGAUAAUAUCAACAAACUGCUGCGCAAGAUGGUUUAA